AUGUCCAAGUACCUAACUGAAUCCGAUUUCUCAACUGAUGAGGAGUUCACUGCGUAUAUGAAGCGAGAAGGCUACAAUACGCAUCUAGAUUUUGAGCCGGAACCUCCCACGUGCCCUCCACCACGCUCUCACCCUGAUCCGGCUAUAAUGGCAUCGGCUGGGAAGAAUGCUGCCGAAUUGUUACGUUCCCCAGACUACACUCCAACUGAUUUCCAGAAACAUCUGAGGGUUGUGGAGAAAUGGCUCGAAAAGAAGAUUACCAAAGACAAUAGAAAGAGCUUGCUCAAGGAAAAGGGUGCAGACCUAGAUCACUUGGAGACCCUCGAGAGAAACGCGAUGGAGGCAUUGGAGAAUGCUAGAAGGGAGUUUGAUAAGUUCGAUGAUAGUCAAAUUCGUACGACGAAGAAGGGACUUCAUAAAUAUAAAGUGGAUGAUAUCAGGAAGGAGUCUGAAACCAGGAGGGACGCCAUUAAACGGAAGUUGCAAAAGCUUGAAGAGUUUAGGAAAAGGUCCCCAUCCUGA